GAUUCUAAGGCUGGUCUCUAACACGAAUACCUAUAAUUCCUGCUAAUGCACCUCUUGCGAUCCGAGUUGUCACUCAAGAUCUCCGAAGAAUCAGCUUUGCUACGGCUCGCGAGGACACUUGGACGGGUAUAACCCAGAUGUUUUGCUUUGAACACCCAGAUAGCUUCAACUAGGCAGCAGCGUAGUCUUUGGUAUGCCCCAAAGUGCGAGUUUGUGGUCAAAAGUUUUGCAAGUUGUCAUUUCCCACCAAGCUGUGUGGUUCGGAUCAAUUUCGCCUCAGCGCGAUCUCGCACUGUUAAUGCUGGCUAAAGUGCAUCUUACAAUGUAUGGAAGCCUCUGUGGUGGUUUACUUGGCACAAAACGCCGAUACUGAUAUACGCUAAAAUGAGUAGCCAAGUUGUAGUUAAGUGUACCACUAGU